UCUGUGUGUGUGUGUGUGUCUGUGUGUCUGUGUGUGUGUGUGUGUGUGUCUGUGUGUCUGUGUGUCUGUGUGUGUUGGGGAGGGUCAUAUAAAGAGUGUCAGGUCUACUUGCUUUAGUUUUCUGUAGGAUGGCGGAGCAGCAGGAAGCUUCAGGUACGGGCAGCUCUGUGGAUCCAAGUGACAAGUCCACAGGGGAGCCGAAGACACCAUCAUCAGACCCACAGGUGAACUCUGACUCUCCUACCUUACAAUGUCCACACUGUGGGGGUCCUGUGGACGAUGCAGAGGAGAUGACGGUGGACUACUACUGCCAUGAUCAAGACUUAACUCAGAUGAAGGCGGUCCUGAAGGAGCUCAAAGGCGUGAUGCCCAUACCACAGUUUAACAAUGCUGAGCGUCUGGUGAAGAACUCCAUCAACCAAACUCCAGCUGAGAAACAAUCCCUGUUAGAGCUCCUCAAAUAUCUGAGAACUCUGCACCAGAAACCUGACAAAGAGAGGCAGACCGCCUCCUCUACGUCAUCCAGUUGGUACCCUUGCAGAGUGAAGGUGUUCUCCGUGGUGGCUGGGCGGACCUGUGGGGCUGAUCAUGUCAUACUGGAACAGGUGAAGAAAGGAUGGCAUUUAACAAAUGUGGAGACAGCCUCAGACCAACAGGACUGUGACAUCAUCAUCCUGUUCUGUCCAAUCACGUCUCGUGUUGCAACAGAUGUUGACGCCGCCAUGAGAAAGACUUCAGGGGACAAACCCGUUGUCCUGGUGGUGAUGCAUCACACACGAGACGCGGACUACUCUGUGGACAAGAAAAAAUGGAGCGACACAUUUAAGAACGUUGUCCUUGAUGUUCACGUUCUCUUCCAUGAGACCCUGCAGGGAUUACUGAAGUGUUCCAGGAACGACGACGCCGUCCAUCAGAUACAGAAAGAGUUAAAGAAACACAGUAAACAUAGAUUUCCUUACAAGAUUUACUCUCAAUGAAACCAUGAUGACAUUACUGUUGCUGUAAAAAUGAGGUUCAAAAUAAUAAAAGACCUGAAACUGAA